CUGCUGCGAUAGUGCUCCUAACAGGUGUUAUCUCGAGACAGAAUUACGCCAACUCCGACUACUGUUUUCUUCAGAAAUGGCCACUCGUGGGCGGUCUCCUUAUCCCAAUGGCCUUCAUUCUCACUCAUAACGUGAUCAUCUUUGCCCUCGUUAUGCGUCGUCUCGUGCGCAUCAAAUCAGGUGGCGGGAAAGCUAGCGAGUUGAAAUCAGAGGCCCGCCACGAGAUCAUGCGCCGUCUCACAAACGGGAUCGGCGUCCUCCUCCUACUUGGCUUGACCUGGCUCGUUGGAUACUUCACCGUGAUCGAACAACUCAACCUCGCAGUCCACGUCAUCUUCAUCCUACUCAACUCACUCCAAGGAUUCUUCAUUUUUGUUUUCUACGUUCUCCGACAACCGCAAAGCCGUGCUUGCUUGCGGGAACACCUGUUUUGCUGUUUCCACGAUUCGUUCUCGAUGACAAGGUCAGGUCCUAUGAGUAUGAAACAGACGACGAUGACCGGAACAGAUAAUCCAAUGUCAGGUAAUGAGUCUGUGUUGAGCAAAUCUGAAAUCGAUUAACAUGUCUAUAAAGAAAAUUAAUGCAUUACCCAGAAUUACUCACAUUACCUUCCAACAUUCAUUUUUGGUAUAGGCCCACUCAUUUGGAAAACUUUGAGUCUAGUCAACAAUUAUCACUCUCCUUUAACCGUUUAAAUAAAAUUUGAAAGAUUUUGUUUAUGUACAUUCAGAUUCUUUGAAAAUUGUGUUUGCCUAUUUUGUUAAACACUGACUCAACAAAACUGUUAAUAUUGAAAUUCGUUGAUAUCAUAUCUGAAGCUACUAAAUGCAAAUUAUGGAAUGCUAUGAUUAAUUAAAUAUUUCAAAUGGUAUUAAGCAAAUAACUACCGCUG